GACGCACGGGGGGAGGAGAGAGUAGCACUGAAUGGUGUGAGAGAGUGGAGGACUUAAAAAAGUCUACAGAAAAAGAGGUUCCUCUCUAAACGGUAAUUUCUGUCAAAGAAGUAACAAAGCCUCGCGGCGGAGGGAUGUCAAACAGCGACGAAGAUGCGGUUGAGACGGAGUAAACAGCCACCGGACAGUUAGCGAAACAACUUGUUAGAGGAGAAGAGAAAGGUUUUCGGCUGGCUCGAGUCGGGACGGUUGGUCGCUUUCCGCCGCAACUUGAUUUCAGGCGAGUUACGGGACGAGAGGCGAGGACCGACAGCGAGGUCUUGACCGCUUGGUUCCCAGGAAAGCAAGCCCUUCGCUCGGUUUGCUCGGUCGGCAGAGAGCCGGGGAAACGGACCGAGAGAGCGCGGCGGCUCGGUAACACAGAGAGCCGCUGAAGCAGCAGCUCCAAAAGUUUGCCGUGUAUCUUCACCUAGUUUUCCAGAUUGGGAACUAGAGGGGGAGGAAGAGGCCGACAGACUGACUUUUCUUUCCACAAGCAACUGUGUGGAAUUCAUCCUGUUUGACUAACUUUAGCCGGCCAGCUAAAGUAGCUAAAGCAGAAAAAUGAAAACACCUGGAGACAGCGGGAUCGCCUUCCCAGAAUGGGCUUACAAGCCUGAGUCUAGCCCCGGGUCUAGACAGAUCCAGCUGUGGCACUUCAUCCUGGAGCUGCUCAGGAAAGAAGAGUACCAUGACGUCAUCGCCUGGCAGGGGGACUACGGCGAGUUCGUCAUCAAGGACCCGGAUGAGGUGGCCCGGCUGUGGGGGGCCAGGAAGUGUAAACCCCAAAUGAACUACGACAAGCUGAGCAGGGCUCUCAGAUACUACUACAACAAGAGGAUCCUCCAUAAGACCAAAGGCAAGAGGUUCACCUAUAAAUUCAACUUCAAUAAACUUGUUUUGGUCAACUACCCCUUCAUCGACAUGGGCUCCACUGGAAGCAGUGUGCCUCAGAGCGCGCCUCCUGUCCCCACCGGUGCAGGGACUCACUUUCGCUUUCCUCCUUCAACGCCCUCCGAAGUCCUCUCCCCAAACGAGGACCUGCGCAGCCCCGGUGGCAUGUUCAGCUCUGUGGCCCGACGGAUGGCGCGAGGCUCCGUCAGCGAUUGCAGCGAUGGCACCUCGGUCAAUUCUGAGAUUGAGGAGGGCAACACGGGAGCUGGGGAGGAGAGGGGAGAAAGGGGUGUGAGUGGAGGAGGAGGACCCGGUGGUGGCGGAGGAGGAGGUUACCGGAGUAUCAUCCAUCCCCGUCUGUCUCAUGAAACCCUGUUCCGCAUGUAUGGAGGGCCAGGUAACCCUGCUGGGCACCCAGGCUCCCGUGGUCACACAGGGCACCGGAUCCACCCCGAGUCUCUGUCACCCUUCCCUGUGUCCCCUUUGCCAGGGCCGGGAGGAGCUGGCCUCCUGGCUCCUCCUUUGUCCCCAGCGCUCUCCAUGACCCCGACAUCUCACCUCCCCUACACCCCCUCACCCACCCUGUCACCCAUGUUAGGCUCCCACUUCUCCUUCAACCCAGAGGACAUGAAGCGCUACCUACAGGCCCACACCCAGUCAGUGUACAACUACGGCCUCAGCCCCAGAGCUUUCCUCCAGUACCCCAACAUCGUCAUCCCUCAGCCCCACCGGCCCGCCGCAGACAAGGCCGGUCUGACCGGAGAGAGGGGAGCAGCCGAGAGAGCAGAAAGAGCAGCGACGGCAGGGGGAGGAGAGAGGGGAGGAGAACGGCACCACCAUCCACCUCUGGGUCACUCCGCCCACCACCACCCGCAUCCGCCUCAUUCUGCCCACCCUCACACCCAUUCUCAUCCCAUGCAUCACCCACUCCACCUGGGUGAGGAGCCUCCACACAUGUCUCCCUUCAAGUUCAAGCUGCAGCCACCACCACUGGGAAGGAAGCAGAGGGAGAGUCAAAGCCAGAGUAAACCCAGGCAGAGCUCCCUGUCCUCAGGAUCUGGGUCCAUGUCGUCUACCUCUGGCCUGGGCUCCUCGCUGUCGUUCGGUAGUGACCUGAGCUCAGCCAGCGGCUCAGGCCUCCUCUCUGCCUCAUCCUCAACGCAGUCCCUAAACAGCGCAGGACUUCCCAAGAUAAAGGUGGAGCCUAUCUCUGAUAUCGAGUCAGAGGAAGAGGUGGAGGUCACUGACAUAAGUGAUGAGGACCCAGAUGAGAGAGAUGAGGAGUUUGAUCUCUUCUCCUCACGCCACUCCAGAGCCCCUGACAACCAACAUCACCACCACCUUGCUAACGGCACAGCUGCGCCCCAGCAUCAACCCCAUCCUGACGAGGACCUGGACGAGGAUGUCUUCAAAGCCCCUGCUCCGCCUCCACCUGGCCUGAUGCCCUUCUUCACCUCGCAGCACACACACUCCAAUGUGCAUCGUAUGCUGCCCACCCUCAAGAGUGAACCCACUGAACCAGGGGAAGGUAACACCCCUCCACCUCAGACGGGCUCAGUGGGAGCUCCCCAGACAAAGUGCAUCCCCCUCAAGCUGCGCUUCAAGAGGCGCUGGAGCGAAGACCAGCGCAUGGAGGCCUCGCAGGAGGAGUCGGACGAUAAGAAAGUACGACCAGAGGAAGAGAUGGAAAGAGAGAGGCAAAGUAAUGGACGGAUGGAGAUGGAGGAGGACGGGACAGGCAGCGGAGAAGGGGACAGUCCUCCUCCGUUGGCGUACGAGGGCUCUUUAGCCACGCCAUUGGCCUCACAGCGGAGGGUGAGCGCUGAGCUGCAUCGUGCCACUGCCCAGCUGUCUCUGGAGAACAAAGACUGCUGAUGAGAGACACAGCCCAAACACUACUGCUCUGGAAGCACUGGAGGUGGCACAGGAGUAUGUAAAUGUCCCCUCUGUAAUCCCUUUCCCACACUGACAAACUAGAUUCCUGAAACCUCCAGUGAACUGAGCGCUCAGUCCAACAUACACGCAUAGAAAACCAACACCUCAAAGACUCGUGUUCUGUCAGGACCCCCCCCCCCCCCCCCCCC